UGUGCGCAGCGAGUGAGUGCAUUCAAAGUAUUUGCACAGCGACACCACGCGCACUUCAUCGCUCCGUCCUGGUUAGGAUCCUCUUCUAGGCCCCCGUGUAGGCGCAGAAUAUAUUACCAUGAGCUCCCUCAAGCAGUUCAUCCGCAACGUGCGCGCUGCCAAGACCAUUGCCGACGAGCGAGCCGUGAUCCAGAAGGAGAGCGCGUCAAUCAGGGCCAGCUUCAGAGAGGAGAGCGGAGAUCACAGCGUCAGGCGGAACAAUGUGGCCAAGCUCCUCUACCUCUUCACCCUUGGCGAGCGGACGCAUUUCGGCCAGAUCGAGUGCCUGAAACUCCUAGCCUCGCCCCGGUUCGCCGACAAACGGUUAGGGCAUCUGGCGACCAGCUUGUUGCUCGACGAGAACCAAGAGGUCCUGACCUUGGUUACCAACUCCCUCAAGAAUGACCUGUCGCACUCCAACCAGUAUGUGGUCGGCCUCGCUCUUUGUACCCUAGGAAACAUUGCCUCGAUCGAGAUGUCGCGAGACCUGUUUACUGAGAUCGAGACCCUAAUAUCUACGGCGAACCCCUAUAUUCGCCGGAAGGCGGCCCUCUGCGCGAUGCGCAUAUGCCGAAAAGUCCCAGACCUGCAGGAACACUUCCUCGAGAAGGCAACACAGCUGUUGUCGGACAGGAAUCACGGCGUACUGCUGUGCGGCCUAACUCUGAUGACCAGUCUCUGCGAGGCAAGCGAGUCUGAGGAGGCCGAGGGCGGCGAUGAGGCUAUCAUCGAGAAGUUCAGGCAGUUCGUGCCAACCCUCGUAAGGAUCCUAAAGGGGCUGGCAUCUUCUGGCUAUGCUCCCGAGCACGAUGUUACGGGGGUUACGGAUCCCUUCCUGCAGGUUAAGAUUCUUCGCUUGCUCCGAGUCCUCGCCCGUGGAGACGCCCAAGUCACGGAACAAAUCAACGAUAUUCUGGCGCAGGUUGCUACAAACACGGAUUCGUCCAAGAACGUUGGCAAUUCGAUUCUUUACGAGGCGGUGCUUACCAUCUUGGAUAUUGAAGCCGACGCGGGCCUGAGGGUCUUGGGUGUGAACAUUCUGGGGAAAUUUCUAACUAACAGGGACAACAAUAUUCGCUACGUUGCCUUGAACACACUAGUCAAGGUGGUCGCCAUCGAUACAAAUGCUGUUCAAAGACACCGAAAUACGAUUUUGGAGUGUCUGAGAGAUCCGGACAUCAGCAUCAGGAGGCGGGCACUCGAUCUCAGCUUUACACUCAUUAACGACAGCAAUGUUCGCGUUCUACUAAGGGAAUUACUAGCCUUCCUAGAAGUAGCCGACAACGAGUUCAAGCCGACCAUGACUAGCCAAAUUGGCAUCGCCGCCGACCGGUAUGCUCCCAGCAAGCGGUGGCACUUCGAUACCAUGCUGCGCGUUUUGACUCUGGCUGGCAACUAUGUCAAGGAGCAGAUUCUCUCGUCUUUUGUUCGUCUCAUUGCAACUACGCCUGAAUUGCAGACAUAUGCCGUGCAGAAGUUAUACACCAACCUCAAGAAGGAUAUCACCCAGGAAAGCCUUACCCAGGCUGGUGCUUGGUGCAUUGGUGAAUAUGGCGAUGCCCUGCUCAGAGGUGGCCAGUACGAAGAAGAGGAGCUUGUUCAGGAGGUCAAGGAGAGCGAGGUAGUUGAUUUGUUUUCAACCAUCCUGAACAGCAGCUAUGCCAACCAAGUCACAACCGAAUACCUUAUUACGGCUCUCAUUAAACUCACAACCCGGCUGUCGGAACCCGCCCAGGUCGAAAGGAUUCGCCGUCUCCUUCAGAACAACCAGACAAGCCUCAAUGUCGAAAUACAACAGCGUGCGGUCGAGUUUGGAAAUCUCUUCUCCUAUGACCAAAUCCGGCGUGGCGUGUUGGAAAAAAUGCCGCCCCCUCAGAUCAAGGAGGAGUCGCGCGUCCUCGGAGAGGCGGCAAAGAAGUCAACCAAGGCAGCCAACCGGAAAUCUAAAGCCGUCAAGCCCAAGGAAGAAGACCUUCUGUUUGACCUUAUGGGCGACAGCAAUGUCCCAAGCCCCUCGCCAGUCAACGGCUCCCAAAACAACACCGACCUGCUAGCAGAUAUUCUCGGAGGGACCAGCUCACCUCCUCCCUCCGGCCCGUCACCUCCCGGACAGUCCAAUGUGGCGUCUAUCAUGGAUCUGUUCUCCCACGACCCUAUCUCAACUCUGUCUCCUGCUCCAGUAGCCGCUGCAGCCCCAGCGAGUGUUGACUUAUUCUCCGCUGUUGCCCCUUCCCCUCCUCAAGUGAACAUUGCAUCCCAAGCUCCGGCUGGCCACCCAUGCUACAAUAAUAACGGCCUCAACGUGAUUAUUCAAAUGCAAAGAAAUGCAGAGGGGGCGAUCCAGGCAGUAGCUCGGUUCCGCAACACCUCUCCUGGCAGCGCUUUAUCCAACGUCGGUCUUCAGGCGGCUGUUCCGAAAUCCCAGAAGCUUCAGCUGCUCACCAUCUCAUCUACGGACAUAAGUCCGGGGGCUGAGGCCACGCAAAUGAUGAGAGUAACAGGGUGUAAAGGGCCUUUGCGCUUGCGCUUGAAGAUAGGCUAUUCGCACCCAGCUGUAGGCCAGGUUAUGGACGUGGUCAACUGGACGGAGCCGUCUUGAUUACCAAGGGUAGAUAUUAAGUAGAUGAUAUCAAGGCCAGGGUAGCGUCGAAUGACAGGAAAAGAAUGAGCAAACAGUGAGACUAUUACAGGUUAUUACUCCACAUCCAAAGGCGCGUCAAGUGAGCGGGGUGACUACCCCCUGGAUCGGACAAGAAAAUAAAGAGGGUUAUCAAAUUCUACAGUCAGUGCCACCCCGUGGUAAACAUGAAGCAGGAAUCGGGAAUCAAUGAGCGAGUUCUCGACAUUGAAUUGGCGAUCCCAAAUCAUCGUGUUUUUGGCCCCGCCAUCUGGCCUCUCGCCGAGUUUGGGGCCGGUGUGUCCAUAUCAUAUAGGCCAGUAAUUUCCGCGUCCUUGUCUGUCUGUUCGCUCCAGAAAUACAAUCUAAUCACUGAAUGUUUGUUGGCGUGGUACUUCGUACUUCGGCAGAACAACCAUUAUAGCCCAACAAAUAAACCAGCCAGGAAACC